ACUUCUCAGGUGCUUAUAUAGAUUGGUACACACUGAUAUGUGGUGGAGGGGAAAUCGGCAGAGAAAGUCGUGUUCGCUGUUUUGGCUUGACUGCACCUCAUGGACGAAACCACACUCUCUCUAUACUCUCUGGACGAAGCUAAGUGAAAACAUUUCAGCCAAACAUGGCGUAUUUCAUUCUACGUGUGUGCUUCAACUUGAAACGAGUACAAUACGUAAGAUUUUUUGAACACAACAGAAACGCUCACUCAGAAAAGGUUGAUUGUGUCAGCAGGUGUAACGUACCGAGUGGAAAUUGAAGAUGUCGUAUUUACACUGAAGCAUUGGAUUUGUGUUUGUUGUUUCAGAACGGCUUGGUUCGUGGAGUAUAUGAUGAUGAACCUGGUAAAGUAGUUUUCUCCAAAGUCACCGAACGUUUUAAUGAAGCAACUAACGGAAAAUUGUGCCAAGAGCUCGCAGUUUUGUUUGGAAUUAUGAGAGCUGGGAACAGUUCUCAAACCAAAAUUGUUAUGCAAAUAGGAAAAGACCAUGCUCCACCUCUUACUAAAGCAGCUUAGCUGCUAGUGUUCGAUCAUCUAUUCAACAAAAAUGGCCUCUGGACGGAGCAGUGGAAGUGCAUCGUCAUCAACUACUACACCUCAACGCUCUCGGCCAUCAAAACGACAGCAUUCAACUAUUUUGAAUGGAGGUGUAGAAGGGUCUUUUGAGGAUAAAAAUGAUGAUUUUCUGUGUCCAAUUUGUUAUGAAUUAAUCGAAGAGGCUCAUAUAACUCGUUGUGGACAUACUUUUUGUUUCCAAUGUAUUUGUAAGGCAUUGGAGGCAAAUGGUCGUUGUCCAAAGUGUAGCUCUGCAUUGAGUCGUCGUGAGCAUAUCUUUCCUAAUUUUCUACUGAAUCAACUUAUAUCAAAACAUAAAGCUCGUGUGGUUGGAGCACAAGAAUUAGGUUUGACAAGAGAGAAUUCGGGUGACAGUAUACAUGGUCCUGCAGAUGGCCUGCGAGAUUUUGUGGCAUCUGAAUCUCAAAACCUCUCCCUUCCAGAUGUUAAUGUGAUGUUGGAGGUUCUUACACAAAGGAAACAUUUAUUAGAAGCAGAGUCGUGUGCUGUACAGAACAAACUUUUGCAUGAAUUCUUAAAACAUUUGUUGCAACAAAAAGAAGAACAUUUAGAGCACCUUACUCGAGAAGUUACUUUAAUAAAGAGAGACAUUGAUGAAGUAGAGGGUAUCCUAAAAGAUGUGCAAACAAAAUGUCCCAAGUUGGAUGCAGAAAUUACUGUCAAGAAGAAAGAAAGUUCACAGGCUGAAAGCAUGGAGACUGAAAUAUCUGAAAAAAAGGAUGAAAUGAGUGUAUCUGGAGAAGUAAGUGGCAGUGAUAUCAACAGUAGUCAAAAACCAAUUGACAAUUCUGCAACUGCUUUAGCUACACGCCGAAAGCGGAUGCAUGCCCAUUUUGAUGAUUUUGUUGAGUGUUACUUUUCAUCUCGUGCUAAAGAGCUUAUGUUUGGAGGUCAAAGUGAUAAAACAGCUGCUGCAUCAAGUUCAUUACCUGAUUCUUCUGGGUUAGAUGUUUUUAGAGAGAAUUUAGUGAAAUUUUCUCGAUACAGUACUCUAAGGCCUUUAGCUACUCUUAAUUAUUCCAGCGAUAUGUUCAAUAAUUCUACUAUUGUUUCAAGUAUUGAAUUUGACAAAGAUAAUGAAUUUUUUGCAAUUGCUGGUGUUACCAAAAGGAUCAAAGUAUUUGAUUACAGAUCUGUUAUUAGAGACACUAUUGAUAUAUAUUAUCCAUGCAUAGAAAUGGUGUCAAGUUCUAAAAUCUCGUGUGUUAGUUGGAAUUCCUACCACAAAGGGAUACUAGCUAGCAGUGAUUAUGAAGGAACAGUUGCUGUUUGGGAUGCGGUCACUGGCCAGUGUACUAAGACCUUUCAAGAGCAUGAGAAAAGAUGUUGGAGUGUAGAUUUUAAUGAUGUUGACACACGACUUAUUGCUUCUGGUUCUGAUGAUGCAAGAGUUAAAUUGUGGUCCCUUAAUUUCAACCAUUCAGUAGCAUCUUUAGAAGCAAAAGCAAAUGUAUGUUGUGUAAAAUUUAAUCCUAGAAGUUCUUGUCAUUUGGCUUUUGGUUCUGCUGAUCAUUGUGUACAUUAUUAUGAUUUGCGCAAUAUGAAAGAACCUUUGUCAGUGUUUAAAGGUCAUAGAAAAGCAGUGUCAUAUGUUAAGUUCCUGAACAAAGAGGAGAUUGUUUCUGCUUCAACUGAUAGCCAAUUGAAGAUGUGGAAUAUAAAUAAUCCUCAUUGUCUUCGUUCUUUUGUUGGUCACAUUAAUGAAAAGAACUUUGUAGGACUGGCUACAAAUGGUGAUUAUGUGGCUUGUGGUUCUGAGAACAAUUCUUUGUAUGUUUAUUAUAAGGGACUUACUAAAAGGCUCUUCAGUUUUAAAUUUGAUGCAGUGAGAAGUGUAUUGGAGAAUGAAAGAAAAGAAGACGAUGUAAAUGAAUUUGUUUCUGCAGUAUGCUGGCGGCAACAUUCCAAUGUAGUAGUUGCAGCCAACAGUCAAGGUAUAAUACAAGUGCUAGAGCUUGUAUAACAAGGAAUUAAUAGGUCAAAUGUAAUUUUGUAAUAUUUUCGGAAAAUGUGUUAGAUUUAUAGGGUAUGGAGAGGCAUCUAAGUCAAACCCUAAGUACACUCAAUGUUUCCUAUUUUAUAUUAUUCAGAGUAAGUUGCCUAUUUAUAGCACAUUUAGUUAAUUGUUAAUUAAUUUUAUUGUUUGAAUAAGAUGUGAAUACAAUCAAGCGUGUAAGUUUGUGUAUGUAUUAACUGUAACACACCAGAUGCCUUUUUAAAAUUUUGCAUUGAAAUGUAUUUUCUGAAUAAUAAUACAUAACAUUAAUAACAUUGUGAUUUAUAAUUCUUCCAGAAGUAUAAGUGAAUAAAUUGGUAUGAUACUUGGUUUUAGAGAAUAUAUAAUCAGAUAUUACGUGGUCAAAAGUUAUGUAAAGUAAACUGAAGCCAUUGGUUUCAUGAUGUAAUACAUGUUUACUGGUCUUUUGGCCAGAUUGACUGCAGGGACAAUUAGUAUGUAUCAUAUUUUUAAAGUUCUUUGUGUUUUGACACAAGUUGUAUACAUUUAUUGCUUUGUUUAUAUUAAAGUUGAACAUUUAUUUUCAAAUCAAUUUUGUUAUUUAUUUGUGGUUAUUUCCUACUUCUCCUGAAUGUGUCAUUAUUUUAUAAUUUUUAGUUCGCAAUAUUUGAAACAAUGUGACUAAUUGCUGAGAGUGUGUAAUAGUGUAAUUUUGUCAGUGAAUUGCCAGCUGUUGGUAAACAUUUCUAAUUUUUAUUGAUCUUGCUUUAUUUAGGGUGUAAAUUGCAAUUCAUACAUAUUGCAAAGUUGGAGAAAGUUAACUUCAUGAUUAAAAAUAGAUUUUCAUUCAUUUUAUUGCUUUUGGGGAAAUCUUGAACCAUGUUUUCAAAUAAUAGUGAAGGUUAUUUUUUUCUGAACAGCAUACUGGUGAUAUUUUCCAUGCAGAUUUCUUUGUAAUGUUUUUACAUCAUAUUGAAAGUUGACCUUUUAUUAAUGUGUGCAAAAUAGUUUUAGCUAAUGUGACAAGAAGUGAUAGAAUAAUUAUUGCAGCUAGUGGAAUAUAGGGCCUCAUACUGAAACUGCACUUAAAAAGUGAUUUGGUUUUCUUAAAGCACCAAAGUACAUUGUACAAAUUCUAGAGUGAUAUUUACAUUUUCUAGAAAGAUUUUUCUGAUGGUGAGUGGUGUAUGUAGAAAAAUAAAAUAAUUUAUGUUGAUAUACUCCAUAUUACAGUUUUAGCUAAAGUUAAAUGUAUAAAUAAACUGUGUAUAAGAAUAUAUCAUAUUUAUAGAGUGAUUCAAAAGCAGAUUAUAUACAAUACAAAAGAGAUAAUUGUGAUGUAAAUAACUGAUCAAACUGUUAUCACUUUGUGAUGAUUAUUUUCUUGCAUGUGUAGAUAUUGAUGAGAAGAGGAUGUAAAUAAAUGUGAUGUUUAUUAAAUUAUUAACUGUUGCACUUCCAAUGUAAUUAUCAUUCUAAUUCACAAUUUUAAUUUUGUUUUAUUCAGUUCUUAAACCAUACAAAUGUGAUACUUCUAUUUAUGUACAAAUAUUGUUUUAUUAUUUUUCUGUGUUGUUCCAAUGAAAAUGUUUUGUAAUCAAUAUUGAUUAUAUACCUUUUAUUUCUGGAGUUAGGUGUAAUUCAAAAAAUACUCUUAUAUUCAGAACUGGUUGAUAUACCAGCUAACUAAUUACUAAUGCGCACACAUACAACAGCUAUAAUGUAAUUACAAUUUCUACCAUUCAAAUGAUGUAAAUGUUAUGAAAUGUUAGAAUCCUUUCUCUUCUACCCUCUUUUGAUGGUAUUAGAGUAAUGAUGGCAAACUUCUUAAAUUUGUCCUUAACAGAAUUUACCAAAUAUGUCUCUGUAGUUCAUUUUCACAUAAAAAGACAUGAAAAAAGCAACAAAAAUUGUCAACAAAUUAAUGUUUAUACAACAACUGACUUAAUUGAAGUCUUCAAUUAUUAUUAUUUAUUUAUUUUUAUUCGAAACAAAAAAUGUAUUUACUUCCAAUCAGGAUUAACCGCUAUAAAUUAUUUCUUCUGCGUGAAGAAAUUAAUACUGGGGCAGAACUUUUGUUUGAAAUAAGGAGGCACAUGUAUACACUGGUGCAAGCCUCUUGUUUUUUUCGAUACACUGCUGUUAAUAUCCUUCACAAUUAGCUAACUUCAAAGCAAGCAGAUUGGCCUUUAAUUUGUGGAAAUUAUUGCAACUUUUGUAAAGUUUUCUUAUCAAGUAUUACAAAUGUUUUCUUUUGUCAAACAAAAUUGUCUAACAAUUUAAUGGAUGUAUAAUGUUGAUGGAUUAUUUUGCAUAUUAUGCCGUAAUCAUGAUUUCUCACUGUAUUAUACACUAGUGAAAAUCUCUAUGAUUUUGUAAUGUUUUAGUUUUAUACUCAAUGUUGUUGCAUUAUUCAAUUUAUAUUAAUUUCUCCCAGGGCAUGGUGUCAAAUUAAUGUUGAACAAAAAUCAUGUUUCUGACAAGUAAAGUUUAUGUAACACCAAUAAUGUUGUUCAUUGCUCUAUCUUAAUAUUUUACAAAAUCUAUUUGAACUAUUCAAUAUCCCUUUUAUUUAUAAAUCAAAUUAAUUGCCAGAUUGAAAUUUAAAACAAAUGAUUUUAUUUUAUUUACAACCAAUAAUUUAAUAGUCUUCUUAUUCAGUGUAUAUAAAAUUAUCAGUUGUUAAUAAAAGAUUAUUAUUCUUGGAAAUGUUAAUAUUCAAUAAAAUAAAAAGAGUGAAUUCCUCCUCUGUUUAGCAAAUGCAAUUAAGCUUUAAAAAAAUGUCGAUGAGAAUGAAACAGCGGUUGAUUAUUAAAUGAGCAUAAUAGUAAUGAUAUUUAUUACAAUCUGUUAAAUAGCAAUGCAAAGUAUACUCCAUUAUUUGUUGGCAAUUAAAAUUUGAAGAUUUAAAGAUGAUCAUUUAUGUAAGAUCGUCAUGUUAGUGUUCAAAUGAUUUUUAUCCAAUUCAGUUACGUAGUCAAACUUUACGAAACUGAGAUCAGUGUAUCAUUUAAUGAUACAUGUGGGGGUCCUUGGCCAACUAUUUACAACAAAAAUUGGUUUUUAUAAUGUAAGUAAUAUUAGAACUAAUCCACGGCCUCCUAUUUAUUACAAUGACCAUCAGUAUGACACUUUUGCCGGAUAAAUAGUCACAUUUAAACGGAAAUUAGAGUUCAUUGGAAUUUUUACAAAGCGGAUAAAAUAUACGAUAUUCAUAUCAUUACAGAAUAUUACAAUACUUAAUCUGUUGUCAAACUUGGCCUAACAACCUUGGUUGAUAAUUCUCAGAUCUUGAAAUGUAAUAAGAUGUAUUAUGAUACUUAUGUCGUAAAUAACUAUUAUCAAUUACUGAUAGUUCUUAAAAUACAUAUUGUGAGCCAAUUGCAUGCCACGGGACUGCCAUUAUAUAUUCCUGCCUAGGACUUGCUGUGAGUUUGCCAUCAGUUUUAGAAAAACAGGUAUUAUGCUCAUGCAUCGUGCAAUAAAUGCUUGAGAACCUCUGUAAAAAUCAAGUACAGCAUUAGUGUAAUGCUAUAACAAGACUUGCUUCUAGGAAAUACAUUUGUGAUAUUUUGUUCUACAAUGUGAUAAAUGUCAUUUGUAGUCCAUAUGGAAUCACUUUAAAAAUCACUUAGCUCUAAUAUCCAUGAGUGUUCAUCCUUUUGGUUGUGUUUUAGGGAGAAUUACAUAAUGUCAUUAGAAUGGAAAAUGUAUGCUCUAUUAUCUUUUUACUUUUUAAACACUCAUAAAAAAGGCCUUACAUGAUUUGGGUUCAAAACUACUAUACCGUGCAACUUCCAGCUUAUCAGGAUAGUGAUAGUUUAGAAAUACCCUGCUCUGUGCCUUUUGUUAUGGGAAAAAGUCGUAUUUCAUGCAUUUUAGCUCCCUUCAAAGGAACUUUGAAAGAGUUUGAAUUUUAAAACUGGAAUGUAUCAUAGAAAAGUAAGCAUUCUUUCUUCUAGACAGAUAAAUAAUGUAAUAUUUUAUUAAUGUCUUAUUUAUUCAGAAACUCUUUUAGUUAGCUUUAAAGGGGAGGGUGAGUUUCACUUUAUUAGAAAUCAAAAUGGUCUCACUGCUGUCAAUGUAAACUUUUCAUUGACAAAAAAUUAUUGAAAAUUCGUACAAAAAAAUAAGAAUUAUGAAAAGUGGAAACGCAUGUUGGUAGACAUUUUCCUAAUUAUAGUAUUUUAAUAUUAAGUUUGUGAAAUGAACAUAAAAUUCUAAUAGAACAUAAUGAAAAAUGGAAUGCUUUGAUAUCUUAAACUAGUGCAGAUGGCUUUUGUGAAACAAGGGCCAUGUGUAAUCAGUAUCAUCGUUUCAUGAUUUGCUGUGCUAUUUCAUAAAAAUGACAUUCAUAAUUAACAAAGCGAUCUCAAGAAUUUUAUAAUCUUUGACUUUACUCUGGUAAUGAGUUAAAAUCAAAACAGCUUCAGUGAAAAAUUAUGAAUGAUUCAACAAUCGCUUAUUAAAUUAUGAGUUUGUUAAUAUUCUUCAAAGAAACUGUCAUUAGUUAGAAGAAAGUAAUUUAUUUCAUAGUUUUAUACCGUUGAAGGAGAGCAGCAAUUUAAAAGUGAUGAACCUCAUUUGCUAUUGUAUGAUAUUAGAGCAAAUUACAUUAGAUAAAGUAGAGACCAGCCCUUGAACUAUAUCUUCCCUUCUUUGUGCCAAAAUAAAAUGAUUCCCAUGUAUUGCUCAGUACUUGUUGUUGUAUACUGUUCUCUGUAAAUGUAUUUGUUUGUUGUAUGUGUAAAUAUAUGUGAUCAUUAAACAGAA